CAGAGAGAGAGAGAGAGCGAAAGAGAGAGGGUGAAAGCGAUCGAGACGCCCGGAGCAGUGUACAACACAUUUUCAAACGCUAGAAAACGGUAGAAAUUACCGUAAACAACACAGUAGGCGCGCAUCGGAAUCUAAACCACGGCUGGCUUGACCGCGAUCAAGGUCUGCAGCCUCCUACUUCUCCGUCAGUGCUGCAAGCUAGCAUGAUCAGCGUAUUUUUGGAGAGUGAAACUAUAAACAAAGGAGGAAAUAACGGUCUCGCCACAACACCCAAGGCGGUUUUUACGACUUUUUUUUAAGUCGUUGAAAAGAAGAACGAGUCUUUUGUGUCUUCUCUGCCUGCCUUGAAUCUGUGCUAUUUUUUUUACAAGAAUUCUUCUUCAAAUCUAAGAGAAAGCAUGGUAGCCAACAUUAAAAGGAAUGUUGUGUAAGAGCAUCAAGGAAAAGAAACCUGAAAGUGAAGAGGCCCCAUCAACCUCCAGAUUUUAAAAGAAAACUCCUGUGAACCAGUGCUUAAUUCAAGUUUUUAUUAUACUUAAACUGUUAAACUAUUUAACAAAUAAAUCUUGAAAUGAGACUUACUGCUCUCAAAUCCUGUUAUUUCAUUUGGUGCUAAAGGACAUUUUUUGGCUUUAAGGUUUUAGGCUUAUGAUCAUUUUAAUAGACAUCAGUGUCUGAUUAAUAUCAAGUUCUAUUAAUAGAUUGGUGAGCCAAGAAAGGUUUUUUUUACAUAAUUUGAGUUUCGUGACAAAAAUGACAUAAUAAAUCACAGUACUUUUGUACCUUUAGUACAUUUUGAGGCAUUUUGAGGCUAAAAGCUUAAGCAAGUACUUCUACUUUUACUGGAGUAAUAUUUUACCCUGGAUAUCUUCACUUUUACUCAACUUCAUGAUUUGUGUACUUGCUCCACAGUUAACGAUAUGCAAAAGGUACAUUCCCCAAAGUAAACGAUGAUGCGAGUUAUACAUCUGUUUUCUUGGACUACAACAAACACACUGAUUGUAGGCAACCGUUUACUUCCUGGGCGGGUUGACAUGGACAAUACCGACAUUAUCAUAAUUCCUUCUGCUUGGACUCACAGCCUGUAAGUUAACUCCUGUUAGCAUUGCAUUGUGAGCGAAUCUUUCAAACAUGGUAAGGAGCGUCACAUUUCCGGCUGACGUCAGAGGUGUUCAGGCCAAUGACAACGUACAGAUUAGCUGGCCAAUCAGAAACACAGAACGUUUCAAAUCAGUCCGUUUAAGGAAGAGAGUGAAAUCUGCUACAAAAAUGUAUGAUGCUGGUAGGACUUCUUUAUCACGUGUAAUGAGACAAAGUAGGCGGUCUACAAGCCUUAGCUAUUCUGAAGCUUCUUCAAAAAAUCAGAGCUCUUCAAUAUGUGCAAUGUUAGAAGAGCUGGACAUAUCCAUUGACAGACCUGCUGAUUUGAGAAGGUUUACUGAAAAAAAAAGAAGAGGAUACCACUUACACCAUAACCUGACUGUCAAUCAAAAAUCUGUGAUUCUACAGUAUAAGAAGUCUAUCAAUUUUAACUGCCAAUAUGUGACAGAGUGUGACCCUUUACGUGAUGAACGUGUGCUACUGGUCAAACGUUAUGUUGAACCAGUGAUCAUUCAAAGGAGUACAGAGCGGAGUAGGAUAUACUUUUACAAACACAUGAUGUCUGAUUACUUUAGAACAAAGCCAUUACCUCAGGUUUUUAAGAAUCACAACAUUAGGAUGAACAACCUCUUCAGUCAUGAUCAGUCAAUGUCUAGUCAUUGGUCAUUCAAUGAUGAAGAAAUACCAAAAACUGUGAUUCUCAGUGGAGACUCUGGAAGUGGAAAAUCCUUCAUGUUGAAGAAGAUCAUGUUGGACUGGGCAUCUGGAAAAUUUUACCAUUAUUUUUUUGGCGUUGUCUUUCUUCUAAAGUGUGAAGAGCUGAAGUGUGUUUCUGAGGAUAUGAGCCUGACUGAGCUCUUAAGCUGGAGUUGUGGUUUAACGUCAGAUCAGAUCUCACAGAUGUUACAGUGCUCAACACAGAGCUUGCUCCUUAUUGAUGGGCUUGAUGAGCUUAUGUUUCAUCCACACAUUAGAGAUAGAUCACAACCUGCUGAUCCAUAUCAAAGAGCCCCACCUGUGGAAAUUCUUAGAAACCUUCUGAAUGGACACAUCCUGCCCACUUCCUUCCUUCUGGUCACCACUAGAACUGCAGCUACUCAUACAGUAAAGAAUCUCCUCAAGGGACCACAGCGUUUCAUUGAAAUCAUGGGCUUCUCUGAAAGCGGGGUGGAAGAGUACUUCAGGAAGAUUUUUCAGGAUGAGUCACUCUUCAAGAAAGCAUAUGAGUGUGUGAAGGCAAAUGAAUACCUUCAGAUUGCCUGCUCGGUACCUUUGAUGUGUUGGAUUGUUUGUUUCUGUCUGAAAUAUUUACCAAAUGGUGAGAAUGUGAUGGGAGAACUAGAGACGACCACCUCCAUAUAUGCACACUUUGUGUCUGUUCUAGUGGAGCAUCAUUGUGAGAAACAGUUUGUUCCCAAACUGCUGAAAAAAUACGGUCAGCUGGCAGAGAAAUGCAUGUUGAAUCAGGAAGCUCUGUUUGAUGAAAGGACUAUGUCUGAAACAGGAUUAGAUGUUGAUGGUAGUUUGUUUCUGCACAAAGAACUUUUGAACAAAGAAGGUGUCCAUAAAAUGUUGGUCUUUAAAUUUAUGCACCUUUGCUUUCAGGAGCUCUUUUGUGCUCUUCAUUAUAUCCUAAUUAAUGAAGCAGACAAGAAACAUCACCCCUUUUUUGAGAGAGAUGAAUUAUUUUAUCCAGCUAUACUGUUCCUCUGUGGUCUCUCAAAUAAUCAGAUGAGCAGCUCUUUAGAGCUCUUUCAACCUAACUUGACUUUUCCUCAGUCCGUAAGAGAAGACCUAAAGAACAUAAUCCUUCAUGUUCUAAGGAAAAAUCUGCAUCUUACAAGGAUAUUUGCACUCCGCUGUCUCUUUGAGCUCCAUGAUGAUGAGUUUGUAAGGAAGGCUCUGGAGGCUUACAGAUCCAUGAACUUCUCUUACACAUCCCUGAAGGUGACUGACUGUUGGGUGCUGUUGUACUGUCUUCAGUGUUGUACACAGAUCACAGAACUGAACAUCACACACUGUGAUUUAACAGCUGACAAACUCCGGAUUCUUCAGCCAGCACUCUGUGUGUGUGAGAGUAUGAGGUUGACGAUGGAUCACCUGUCUGAAAUUGGAGAUUUUAUCAAAGCACUCAGUGAAUCGAAAACCUUGAGAGAACUAAAUAUUGUAGAAGAAAGUGAAAAACAUAACACUCUCUUCUCAACUCCCAGUGUGUCCAUUUUGAAUGGAGAAAUGAGACUGGAUGUGAAGUACAAUUGGAGGUUUGCAUCUCUCUCAAGAGUCUGUUUCACUUGUCCACACUCAGCGAUAAGCAGCUCUGACUGGAUAAUCAUCUUCCAGAGAUUCCAAAAACUUUCUCAAUAUCAACAAAAUUCACAGGAAUGUAAUGAGCAUGUAGAUGCUCUGUUCUCUGUCCUGCUCUCUCUUUGUGGUUUAAAGACGUUGGAGCUGAUGAUACUCUGUCUGAAUAAAACCUGGUCUCUCAGGAUUCUCUCAAUCAUCCAAACCUGUAGCAGUCUGAAGGACAUCUGUAUCAGUGUCACAGGUUUGGUGCUGGAAGCGGGACUCACUUUACUACAAGAAUCACUGACAGAUCCACACUGCACUGUGACUAUUGAAGGGAGAAAGUGCAAUAAACCCACUAAACCGUGCACUGAGAAUUGGCAUUUGACGUGGAGUCACAGCUGUAAUGAAGAAGUUAAGAUUCACUUUAAACCAAAUGUUCUGGAAGAACUGAAAGCUAAUCCAAUGAUGCAAAAGGAGAGAGAGAGCAAGUCCAACGAUCCGAAUGGCGUACCAGGUGAGCUCAACUCAGCGCUACGGCGCACACCAACAACAGUGAUAACGACCGACGACUUCGGGGUGCUCCUUUUUAAAGAUCCACGCCUGCCUUCCUUUCGCCUCCUGUGGCUCGGUCCUCUUUCCAGUCGCUUCAGCGAUCCCCGGAUCAACAGAGCCUUCGGGCUCUUCAAAAGGCUACCGCCGGGACACGAGGACACGGUGGAUCGAUCUCCGAGGAUUCUCUCACCUCUUCACCGACGGCGGCUCUUGGCACCAACAGGAAAAAUAAGCACGGUGCAGUGUCCCUUUAACUCCCUCACAGCUCCGUCCUCUUUCGCCUCUCUCGGCUGCCGUACUCUCUCCUCUCGCUUUAAGCGCUCUGUGGAUCAACGGCGUCCUCCGGCUCCUCCGAGGACGGAGCGUGUGGUUUGGGUCUGCCCUAGGCAGCUAAAGGUUUCUGACUCUGAAUCUUCUGAAUUGAGUCUAGAAUUCUCUGAACUGAAUCUCGAUUCACAUCCUGUCUGCGAAUCUUGUGUUGACAUAGUUGAUUCUGAUCAGUGGGUUCAGGUUAAUCCAUCAGUCUGUAAAGAUGAAGGAGAGUCAAAGUUCAGGAUCAGCACUGAGCCGGGUCAUUACGAGUGCACCAAAACCAGAAUGCGCUGGGUUUGUGAUUGUGAUGUCACUCUUCAGUAUCAUACACUGGACGGACGUUCCCUCAUUGCAGAGCUGGAAAGACUUCAGUAUGAGCGAAUUGGUCCUGUGAUUGAUGUGACGGUGAUCUCUGGGAAACUGAAGGAGGCACAUCUCCCUCAUUAUGCCUGUUUAGCAGAGUCUGACCCCUCGCUCAAAGAUGCUGUGAAGGUCCUCAGCCAAAAAGAUGAAGGGGUAGUUUUACAUCCUGUUGAGCUGACCCGCUUUCAUGCCAAAAUAGUCAAACCGUCAUUUUCCAUCACAACUCUGAUUAUAAGUUGGCUAAUGCAAUGGGAGGAACACUGCGAUCUUCUUCUCUACAUGCGAUGUAAAAGUCCUCUCAUACUUCAUGUCUACUUCUUUCCAUUGAAUGAUAAUUGUUCAAAAGAAAAGGUUGAGCACAAUGAAAAAUCAAGCCUUCAGAUCAGCCAUCCCAGACCUAACAGGCCUUUUCGGAUGAAAACACCUCAUCUUCUCGAGGUUCUUGAUGCUUCUGUACAUCCCAUCGAGGGUAUUUCAUUUCGGAGAGACAUCCACCCAAACUUCUUCAAGGUUAAGCAGGAUCGAGAUGGUGAUGUAGAAAUGACUCUUAUUAGAGAAGAGGAUCGCACUACUGUGUGGAAAGCAACAAUUUGGAAAAAUGAACUUCCAAGGCAAAUUAAAAAUGAGCCACAGCGACAUUGUGACAUUGAUACAGAUCAGUUUGUUCUUAACCACUGGUCAAAUCUUGUUCAAGGAGUUAAAUGUGUGAAGAGUAUUGCAGAUAAACUGCGUGAACAGAAAAUAAUUAAAGAUGAACUGUACUCACAAAUCACACAUAUGAAUUUAACUAGUCAGGAUAGCAUGAGAAAGAUCUGUUCUGUUGUGGAUUCAGGUAGUAGGCUUGUCAAAGACAAAUUCAUUUCCAUUCUUCAGGAAGAGGAGCCCGACCUUUAUGAAGAACUGAUAUGUUCUGAUUGA